UUUUGUAAGAAUUGCAAACAUAUGGACACAUCUAUAUGUAUAGAUUAAUUCCAGAUUAUGAGAUCAAAGUAUAUCCAUAUCAUAAGUAUGAAUCUAGGUAAUACUUAGAUAUCCUUGCAAGUGUAUAUAAGCAUAAGUUAUCAUGCAUAUGAUUAUGAAUAAUCUCAAUCAUGAAGUAGCAUAGUUACCACAUCAAUUAAUAACUUAUGGUUAUAUACUUAAGAUCUGUAUUGUUAAGUAUAAUGAGAGUGUAUUUUAAAAUAGGGCUUAGUAUCACUUUAACAAUAAAAUGUUCAACCAUAGGAUUGUUUCCUAGUUAUCCUGA